AAAUAUACUAAUUUUUACUUUUUUUUUUUUAUUAAACUUUUUUAAAACAAUUUCUUUAAAAUUAUAAUGAUUUUUCAUUAUAAUUAUACAUAUACAAAAAAAAAUAAUAGAAUUAAGUGAAGUUUCUAAUAAACCUAAAGAAGAGGUUUCAAUAGACACAAUAAAUAAUAAUAAUAAUAAUAAUAAUAAUAUUCAAAAUAACAAUAGUAUAAAUAAUAUAAAUAAUAUAAAUAAUAUAAAUAAUAUGUCACCCAGAGUUGAAAACGAAGAAACAACACCAUUAAAAGGUGGUAAUAAAAAUAAUAAUAAUAACAACAAUGACGAUACAGAAAACCCAAUUUUAAUACAGAGCGGUAUACCAAUUGAGGACUUACAAGACAAAGAUCAAAAUUAUUUAGUUGAAGUACCCAAUAUUGAUAAACCUGAUUCAAAAUGGAUUAAUUUUAGAACAUUAUGGGCAUUUACAGGACCAGGAUUUUUAAUGAGUAUAGCAUAUUUAGAUCCAGGAAAUUUAGAAUCAGAUAUUCAAGCAGGUGCAACAGCUGGAUAUCAAUUAUUAUGGGUUUUAUUAUGGUCAACAGUUAUUGGAUUUUGGUUACAAAUGUUGGCUUCUAGAUUAGGCGUAGUAACAGGUAAACAUUUAGCAGAACAUUGCAGAGAUCAUUAUCCAGUCGUACCAAGAAUUGGUUUAUGGUUGAUGACAGAGUUGGCUAUUAUUGGUAGUGAUAUUCAAGAGGUUAUUGGUACUGCCAUUGCUUUACAAAUUCUUUCAAAUGGUCAUAUUCCAUUAUGGGCUGGUGUUUUAUUCACUGCUGCCGAUACAUUUACAUUUUUAUUCCUCGAAAAAUAUGGUAUUAGAAAGUUAGAAGCAUUCUUUUGUAGUCUCAUCACUAUUAUGGCCAUCUCGUUUGGUGUUGAAUAUUGCAUCAGUAAACCAGACCAAGUUGAGGUAAUAAAGGGUAUCUUUGUCCCAUUGGUAUCAAAGAAUCAUAUAUCACAAGCUGUCGGUAUUUUAGGGGCUGUAGUUAUGCCACAUAACAUCUAUUUACAUUCUGCAUUGGUCCAAUCAAGAAAGAUCGAUAGAAGCAGCGAAAAUCAAGUUAAAAUCGCAAUCAAAUAUAACGCAAUUGAAUCUGCUUUGGCUUUAGCAAUUUCAUUUAUUAUUAAUCUUUUCUUGGUUGCUGUUUUUGCAAAGGGUUACUUUGGCAAUGGCUUUACAGAUGACAUUGGUUUAUCAUCAGCCGCAGACUUUUUAAUGAAAGAGUAUGGUAAAGUAGCUAAAUAUAUUUGGGCCAUUGGUUUAUUUGCAGCAGGUCAAUGUAGUACAAUGACAGGUACCUAUUCUGGUCAAUUCGUAAUGGAGGGUUUCGUUAAACUUAAACUUGCUCCAUGGAAGAGAUUAAUGAUCACUAGAUUAACUGCCAUCGCACCAGCUAUGGUCGUCGCCAUUUUAUCUGAAAACCAUUUAGAUGCAGUCGAUCAAUGGUUAAAUGUUUUACAAAGUAUUCAAUUACCAUUUGCCGUUGUUCCAGUUUUAUUAUUCACUUCAAAUGAAAAAAUUAUGGGUAAAGCUUUUAAAAAUCAUUGGCUCAAUAAUAUUUUCGUCCGUUUCUUAUCAUUGGUUAUCAUUGGUAUCAAUAUUUAUUUGGUUGUAGUUUUUUCAAUCGAUAUCUCAGAGGCUCCAUGGAUGAUUUCAAUAAUUACCAUCUCUUUCUUUUUCUAUUUCGCUUUCAUCUUUUAUUUAUCAUUUGGUACAGAAACAUAUAUUAAAAUCUAUCAUAAAAUCAAAAAUAUAUUUGGUAAAUCAAAUAACUAUAAAACUUUAUCAGAAAAUGAUAUUAAUUAA